UUAUAAUUGGAGGCUUACUGGAUGGCAUAUGCAUUACCGAAAUAGAGCUACGCGUGUCAUAACGAUUCGGCUGUCAAGCCAUCUACCCCAGAUCUCAAUGCACUGACAAUCAUUUGUCAUUUGAUUUGAUGAUUGCGUUGAAAAGCGUCACAUUGCAUGGACAGACCCCAGAGCAGUUCCUCCCACAUAGCCUGCGUGCACGCUGAAGCACUCCUGCUCCUAAAGUUCAUCUCCAUCUAUUGCCGGCGCUUUAUGAUUUAAAACGAAAAAAGUGCUUUUAUUUUUUCCUCCACGGACAUGGUUUUACUGUAUCGGUGUUUUCUUCCAAGAAUGAGCUGCUGAUCCAGCAGGGAGAAUAACGGCAAGCUGUCGCGUGCGUUGGGGAUGCGCGAACUUUAUAGCGCGUGCUGCGCUGUAAACCCCUUCAUAAUUGGGACCAUAUCUUACAAAUAAGGUACAUGCAUGUCCUUGCUACCGGGUUAACAUGGGCCAAUCAGAUCAAGUCAAUGGAUCAGAGGACACAGUCCUCCAUGAUGGGAAUCAAGAGACCAGCCUGGGAAAUGACAGCGUCAACACUUACAAACCAGCCUUUGUGGAUGACAUCACCAAGCACCUAAGUGUUCAAAUAUCGCUCAUAUUAGCUUAUUCACUGAUAAUCCUGCUAGGACUCGUGGGUAACACUCUGGUCAUUUACAUGAUCAUUCUUUACAGAAACAUGCGCACCGUCACCAACUAUUUUAUCGCCAAUCUGGCCCUGGCUGACCUGAUGGUGGACACAGUGUGUUUGCCUUUCACCUUGGUUUACACAUUGUUGGAUGAAUGGAAAUUUGGAGCAGUCAUGUGUCACAUGGUGCCUUAUAGCCAAGCUCUCAGUGUUCACGUUUCCAUUCUCACCCUUACCAUUAUUGCUCUGGAGCGCUACAGGUGUAUUGUUUUCCAUCUUGGUCAGCGACUCAAUCGCUGCACUAGCUUUAUUAUCAUUGGCCUGACUUGGGCAUUCGCUGCCAUACUGGCUGGCCCACUGGCCAUUUUCCGAGAGUAUCGAUACGAGGAAAUCCCUUACAUCGACUUACGAAUUGCGGUUUGCUCUGAGAAAUGGCCGAAUGGCACAAAUCGGGAUGCGGUCAUUUACAGUCUAUCGAUGCUUCUCCUGCAGUAUGUGGUCCCUUUGGCCAUCAUCAGUUAUGCUUACGUGUGCAUUUGGAUUAAACUGAAGAACCACGUCAGCCCUUCCAACCGCAACGAUGGCAUUGUCCGUCGGAAGAAGACCACCAAGAUGUUGGCUCUAGUAGUCGUGGUCUUCGCAGUUUGCUGGCUCCCGUUCCACAUGUUUCAGCUGGCCAGCGAUCUUGACUUGAUUCUCAAGUUCAAAGAGUACAAACUGAUUUAUACCUUGUUUCACAUUGUGGCGAUGUGCUCAACUUUCGUCAAUCCGCUGCUCUAUGGCUGGAUGAACCAGAAUUAUAGGAACGGCUUCCUCAUGUUCUUCCGCUGUGAGCACAAACCAGACUCAAUCUACCCUGAUGGCUCCUUCAGGACUCGAUCAUUGAGAGGGAUGAUUGUGAACGGGUACAAUGAUGGUCAGCCUGCGGCAGCUGUCUGAUCAUGAAGAUAGAGUCUUUCUCGGUCUGGUGGAGCUUGAUUGUUGCACAGUAUAUAAUCCAACAGGGGACAAUGGGGCUAAAGUCUGCUCUAAACCACUGCAUGGAACAUAAACUUAAUGUAGCACUUUCCUAAUCCUCCAUGAUUUAGUAUAUAAGUGUGGAAAUUUAUUUGGAUGAUCCUUGACAUAUUCCAGUCCUAAUUUAAUCUAAUAUUCAUGAAACGGGUAUUUGUUCGAGCUCAGUAGAACAGCAGUUUUGAAAUAACUGAAGAAUAUGUAAAGGUUUGGUACACUCUUAGAAAUAAAGGUACGAGAGCUGUCACUGAUGCAGUAACUUUUCAGAUGGUACUCGCUUUUACUUCUUAUGUAAUAAAAUGUACGCUUGACAUACUUUUAUGUACCUUUAAAGUGAUAGUUUAACCAAAUAUGAAAAUUCUGCCAUC